AUGAAGAUCAAGAAACAGGCCACCUCGCGACAUGAGUCGACUCUGUCGUCCAUGAUCGCGGAUUUCGUCAAGGCGACCGAGUCAAUACCGCUCUACCAGUUGCCUGCGCACCUGGCCUCGUUCCCCAAGCAUUGGCCCUUCCCCCGCGGCGAUGCAUACCACUGGAUCCCCGCACUGGAUCGCUUCGACCACAUCCUCGACCUCUUUAACAAGGAAUAUGGCCUUGUUGAUGGCCCCCAGACACAGCCGUUCCAGCGCCGGCUCCUGCUCAAGGGCGACGCUGACCAAGGCAGCACUGCCUCCGACCAGACUACCACGGAAGCUGUUCUCGAUACCCUGCACCUCUCGCAGGAUGGCGACCGUGAGCUGAUCGAGCACAUCCUCAAUUUCACCCGCAUGCUGCUGGAAAACUGCGGCAAUCGCAGCCUGUAUUCGAGUAGCGAGCGUCUCGACAAGCUGCUCAACACGACAAGCACCUCUCUCCUCAAGGCGACGCUUCGCCUCGGCCAUCGCCUGGCCCAACGCUAUGCCGCCGCCCGUAUGCGCCACGCACCUGCCACGCUGCACCCGUCUGCCCUCUCCAGCCACUACAAUAUCAACUUGGACAAAGUUCAGAAGCUAUCAAGUCCCUUCGCAAAGGGUCCCACUGCGCCAGCCCCCGUGUUUGGUACGCCGACGGGCAGAGGGAAAGACCGCACGGGCGGCGCUGAUAGGGUUAGCCCGUCCGACCUGGUUGGCAUGUACUCUUUGUCGGAUGCGGCGAUGAAGCAAGAAUUUGGUGGUGUGCUCAUCUCGUACUAUGAGCCGGCUCCCGCGACCGAAGAAGGCAGCAGUAAGCCGGCCACCACUGAGACGCCUGCAUCUGCCCCCACCACGCCAACACCAGUACGAAGAACGUCAAGUAUGGGCCCGAACCGGACUCCGCGACAGCCUCAGCCUGCAGCUCCUGCUGAAUCGCCAAAUACCCCAGUCUUCACCCCAGGGCAGCCCAGUGGUAAAACAAAUGGGCCCAAGACAUUUGAGUUCUCAGUCGACAAGGUUGCCAAAGGCGAUAUACACGACCUCACCAAAGAAGGGCUUGAGAGUCUGCCCGAAAGUGUGCACUAUGAAUUUCUACACAAAUUGCGAAUUGCCAAGUUGUUCAACAAUGGUGCUGCCGGACGUGAUGAGGCAGUCGCUAUCCGCCUCUUGUCCAUUGCCAACAUAGGCUACGUGCACAUCGAGAAGGAAUUCAUGGCCAAGUUGGGCCAGCAGGAUGCAGACGAGCCACGCAGGCUACAACUGGCACACCAGCUCUCCGAACUAGUCCACCCACCGAGCAAUGGCCAGGGCGGCCUCUCGCUUGAGCUUCAAACCUUCACCAUGAACGCUCUUGAGGCUCUUGCAAAACACAAGUCGAAAGCUGCUGACAUAUGCGCUGCCCUCAAUGUUAAUGUCAACCACGGUGUGCUGUUCUAUGUCGUUCGCAAGCUAGUCGCAGGACUUGGCGAGGAGACUGGUGACCCCGACGAUCUGGAGGAGGAUGCGUGGCGCGAUGCCCUCUUUUCUCUUUUGAAUACUCUACCCACCUCUCAAACACGCACUGGUGAGCAGAUGGUAGCCGCAGGGCUCUUGGAAAUUCUCGUCGAUGUUCUCAAGCUUCGUACAGCAAAAGCUGAGCGUAACCACCCCAAGAUUCUAAACUUCCUUGACACGUUUGUGUACAAUUUGCGCGAUGCCUUCUCUGCUCUUGUGGCUGCAAAGGGGCUGGAAAUUAUUGCUGACCUCAUGCAAUACGAAGUCAACAUCUCCAAGAAGCUUGCUGAGGAAAACAAGGGUAUGCCCAAGGAGUACAAGACACAGCUUACUGAUUAUCAAAUUCCCUUCUAUCAUCAACAGAGUCUGCGCUGGUUGUUCAAGUUCCUUAACCACAUGAUGACGCACACAGGCGGAAACUUCGAUCGCUUGAUGCGGAAUUUGAUUGACUCACCGCAGCUGCUGAGUAGCCUACGCACUGUGUUGUCGAAUGCAAAGAUUUUCGGCUCAACGGUUUGGAGCAUGGCUGUUACCAUUCUCGCUAACUUCAUUCACAAUGAGCCUACCAGUUACCAGGUCAUAGCCGAAGCAGGUCUCAGUGAGGCGUUUCUGGAGACUGUGGCUGGAGAGCCCGCUUCGGAAUCAACAGCUGCGGCAAAUGCCAAUGAAAAUGCUACAACUCCGACAUCUUAUCCUCCGCACGAAGCCGAAAAGCCACUUGCAAAGGGCAUCUUGCCUGUUGCUGAAGCCAUAUCGACUCUUCCACAAGCCUUUGACGCUAUUUGCCUGGCGGAAGCUGGUAUGAAGCUCUUUCAAUCUUCGACUGCGCUUGAGCGCUUCUUCGAGAUCUUUGAAAGUCCUGCCCACGUCAAGGCACUCGAUGCUGAUGCAGAGAUGCCUACUAUGAUUGGUAACUCUUUCGAUGAGCUCGUGCGUCAUCAUCCGCCAUUAAAGGGUCGAGUCCUUUCGUGCCUCAGCGAGUUGAUUGCUCGUGUUGUCCAACUGUGCGCCAGCAAAGCUGAGAAAGAGGGCGCAGGGGCUAAACUAUGGACCGAAGACGCCAACGGGAAGCUUCUUGUAGCCGGCGGCCGCCAAGCUCUGUCUGGCCCAGGACCGCAGCGAACCUCUGGGUCGACUGGUACCGAUGUCGAGAUGAAAGAUGCCGACGAAACGCCUAAUGAAGUGGUUGCCUUUGAUCAGGUUACAGAGACCGAGGAUAGCUCCAAAGGUCCCACAACAGGCCAGUACAUUCGCGUGCUCUGCAGGUUUCUGUCUGGCUUCUUCUCGAAUCAUGCCAUGUGCGCUGCUUAUAUCGAACUUGACGGCGUCGAUUCCAUUCUUGACAUCUCUAAUCUUGCUUGUCUGGACCCGAAGUCGAGUGAAAACCGCAGUAUGUGUGAGCAGUUUGGCCACGUUGUACAGGUUCUCGUCGAACAGAAGCCACACAUCGCCGUUCCCUCCCUGAUCAGGCGCACACAACAGGCCCUGGAACGCUUACAGCCUCUUCUUGAUCACACCGGCAAGCAGGCAUUCUUUGCGCCAUUCACAAGUUCAAGCAAUUCCCAGGAUAAUGAGCACCUGCAACGAGGCACACAAUACGUCAAAGCACUGGUGUCGGCGCAUACCCUUGUCGGCGCCAUGACUCUGACCUUCCAGAGCCAGAUGUACAGUACGCGUUCGGCCCACAAUGUGUCAAGUCAGGUCAACCUUGCAGAUAUGUACGCACGCUUAGUUGAUAGUCUUGGAAAGCUCCAUCGUAGCUGUGUUUGGGAAGAGCUUCUCCUUCAACGCAAUAUGCCUACCGAGUGGGAGAAAGAAACCCGUGUCGCUAGCUCUGGCUUUGGUAACGAUGAGGCUGAUCAUGUUUUCCGCAUUGGUAACAGCGCAACCGAAUCGCCUGGUAAUGCAGAGACUGCCUCUGCCGCUGCUGGAGCUACUGCCGAGAAUCCCACUUUGAGCCACAACAGUGCACGAUUCAAGAAUACGCAAACUCUUCGAAACUUACUUAGCAAGAUACCCACAGAAAUUGCGCCUUUCUUCCAAUCGCUAGGCAAACUUCUCUUAUUCCGCCGCAGUCUGGAGGCAUACCAGAGGCAAUGUGCCACAGUCGUUGCAGACCAACUUGCUCAAGCAGUCAUCGAUCAGCUUGAGUACGAGGGCCCAAAGGAAUCAGACAACAUUGAAGAUCGCUACGCAUACUGGAUUGUCAUACUCACAUCACUAUCACAACUCAUCAUCGAGCCGAACCUAGACCGACCGCAAGCGUUGACUUUGCUGCUCGUGUCGUUCCGCAAUCUUGGUGGAUUCGAUGUUCUGGCCAACAUUCUCAAUCAGUUUUACGAAUCAGCACUUGGAAUUACGCAAAAGCAGAGCGAAGAAACUAGUGAGGAGAUGAAGCGUUUGCUCAAUCUUUCGCUUGGUGGUAUCAAGAUCAUUCUUGCCUUUUUCUCUCAAAUCAUCAACUACAAGGUCAUUGGAGAAUCACCGCAGACCUCAUCGAUGCAAACCAGACCAGAUCGCGAUAGGGAGCGAUCAGAUUACUUCCUGACUGCACAGUUCCUCGUUGAGUUGCGUUUUGCCGUGAUCAAGCCUGUGGAGAAGAUUUGGAACUCGAAUCUCAUCGACAAGGCCACGAGUUCCAUUGUAAAGACAUCGGUCAACAUCCUCAAGUCUGUUCUUGAAUGCGAUGGCGAGCACGGAGCUUACAAGAGCAUCGACAAGAUCCCAAAGCGCAGUAAGCCCAUCAUCAAACCAUGGUCUGCCCGAAAUGGAGAACACUUGCUGCGUUUGAAAGAGAAUGGCUAUGAGGAAAGCCUUGCUGAAGAAGCGCUAUAUCGCUGCUGUGACAACUAUAACAUGGCUAACGAAUAUUGCCGGAAUCAAGGUCGUCUCAACGUCUCGAGAAACCCGAUACCGCAGUAUGAGAUCCAAGCACGAGGCCCACCAUCUUCAUCUCCUAGCCGGGCUGAAGUCGUGGUGCCAGAACAUACUGAUGACGCUAGCAUGACAUCGAGCGAGAUCACCCGCGACGAAGACGAGCCCGAAGAGCCAGAGACCCAGUCGGUUCAAAUGGAAGAUGCGGAUGCUCCGGUCGCCACAGAAUCUGAAGCCCCUAUAUCUGCUACACCUGUAUCUGCUGAACAGCCCAGCCAACCCACUACUGCGCCACAAGACGCAUUGGCAUAUCAGAAGCGCAUGGCCAUUGGAAAUUCGACAGAACUUGUGGCCCUAGACCAGCUCGACGAGCAGAGAUCCAAACUUCGCCAGAAUCUCGUUGACCGAUCUCUUGAUGUACUCAACUCACAUGAUGAUGUCACAUUCGAGCUUGCAGACCUCAUCUCUGCUGCCGUUCUCAAAGCGCCUGAGCCAGAAUCAAUGCGGACGGAGAUCGGUACUACGUUGGUUCAGUCUCUUAUAUCACUACAGAGCGAAGAUGACUUCCGUACACAGAGCAAGAAGAUCGCAGCUUCAGCUCAUCUACUGGCUCUAGUCCUCCAAGAGAAAGACUUCUACGAUGUUGUUGUCGGAGAGCUCAAAGACAACUUUACAACAUUGUUAGGCUUCCUCAAGAUCUUCCCUGAUCAGCCCGCAGAAGACUCAUCGCCUUGGAUUGGACAAGUUUUGCUCAUCAUCGAGCGAUUACUAGCCGAGGACCAACUUCCACGUCAGAUUACAUGGACUCCGCCCACAGAGGAAACCCAGGAGUCAACAGCUGUCGAUGAGCUACCAGAGCCAAUCGUGACAGUUGAAGAGAAGGACCAACUGUUCAGCGCCAUAAUCGAGAUGCUGCCUCGAAUCGGCAAAGAUGAAUCAUUGGCUCUAUCAGUCACGCGAGUAUUGGCUAUGCUCACACGCACACGCAAGAUUGCCACACGUCUCGCGGAGAAGCGAAACGUCCAACGACUAUUCCUCAUGGUCAAGCAGCUGGCGGGUAUCUCUAACGAGGGCCUGCGUAGCGCUUUCAUGAUUGUCUUGCGCCACAUGAUUGAGGACGACGAGAUGAUUCGUCAAAUCAUGCGUACUGAGAUUCAGCAAAUGUUCGAGUCGCGUGAUCGUAGGCAGACGGACACGACUGGAUAUACGCGCCAAAUGUAUGCACUGGCCAUUCGCGCACCCGAAAUCUUUGUUGAAGUCACAAACGAGAAACUCCAAUUAGCCCGCUUCGAUCCGAAUCAGCGACCACAGACCCUUGUUUUGAAGAAGGUCGAAACAACUUCAACCGAGCCAGCAAAUACUGCAGAAACAUCUGAUGUCGUUGCUGAGGCAGACAAACCCAAGGAGUCUAGUGAGGCACCCAAGCAGCCAUUCCUCGAGCGCACAAAGACCUUAGACUUGAAGGUACCGGUUGUUGAGAACCCCGAUGGCGUCAUACACUAUCUUCUGUGUGAGCUAUUGGCCUACAAAGAGGCUGAAGACAAGCCCGAGCCUCCUAAGCCUACAGAGACUGCAUCUGGAGAGCAGGGCACAACCGAAUCGAGCUUAGAUGCAGUAGCUACAUCUGCUACAGCAUCCACGGAGCCUGCUAAAACCGAGAAACCUGUGUUCAAAGCUGACUCGCACCCAAUCUACAUUUAUCGCUGUUUCAUCUUGAAGUGUCUGGCCGAGCUUCUCCAGAGUUACAACCGUACGAAGAUUGAGUUCAUCAAUUUCUCUAGAAAGGCUGAUCCUUACACUGUGACGCCUUCGAAGCCGCGCUCUGGUGUGCUCAACUACCUUCUCAACAAUCUGGUUCCAAUCGGUACUCUGAAUCAUGAGGGUGAUCUCUCCUUCAAGAAGAAACUGGCGACAUCUAAUUGCGCGAUCGACGUCAUUGUCUCAUUGUGCAACAAGACAGGAGAGCACACUCUACCCAAGACUGACGUGCCAUUGUCCCCAUACGCAGAGACUGAACCUGACCUACUCUUUGUACGCAAAUUUGUGCUUGAGCAUGCUUUGAAGGCUUUCAAAGACGCGAACGCCUCUGAUGAGCCGUUGGACAUGAAGUACUCGAGGCUGCUCAGCAUUGCCGACAUAUUUUCUAGGAUGGUGUCACAGCGUCCGAAUGGCGAGAUGCUUACCCAGAAUGCAGAUCUGACGCCAAAUCUCAAACAAAUGGCUAAGAUCAUGUAUGAGAAAAACUUUAUCACUAUUCUCACUACAGCGAUCUCAGACAUUGAUCUCAACUUCCCCAAUGCUAAGCGUGUAGUCAAGUACAUCCUCAAGCCCUUGAAAUGGCUAUGCUAUGUAGCUAUGGAUCUGAGUAUGCACUACGACACUUCAUCAGCCCCAGAUUCUGGCGACGAGUAUGAAAUUUCGACCGCCUCGGACGACGAUCUUGUCGAGAACAUCCGUGAGGAGACGCCCGACCUUUUCCGUAAUUCGACGUUGGGCAUGUUCGAACCGCCUCAUGAGUCUGAAUCUGACGAAGACUCCGAGGACGAUGAAGGCGAAGAGAUGAUGUAUGAUGACCCUUACGCGGAUGACAUGGAGUACGACGAGGCCGAGAUUGGUGAUGAUGAUGUCGUCUCCGAGGACGAUGAAGAGAUUCUAGAGAUGGAUAUCGAUGGUAUGGGACCGAUCGAGGGCCUUCCUGGUGAUGUCGAUGUUGAGAUCGAGCUCGACGACGAUGGCAACGCCAUGAACUCUGAUGAUGACUCGGAGGAUGACUCGGAAGAAGACGACGAGGAUGACGAAGAUGAUAUGGACGAUAUGGACGACAUGGAUGAUGAGGGCGAUGAUGAUAUGGACGAUAUGGAGGAUGCGAUGGACGCGCUGGAAGAAGUCACUGGCGAUGAUGAGAAUGCUAGCCUGGCUGAAGAUCAAGAAGAUGAGUGGAGUGAUGAGCAGGACGACUUCCCUGGUGGCGUCAACGGUGAGGCUGGUAUGCCUCCGGGUAUUGGAUUCGUUAUCGAUCCUCCUCAGCAGCUUUUGGAGCAAAUGCGCCAGCAAGGUGGUGGCGACAUUGAAGACUUUUUGGACGAUGAGAUGGGAGAAGAAGAUGACGAAGAAGAAGAGUACGACGAAGAUAUUCAUUACGACCCUGGCGCAGAGGAUGAUGAGGAAGGUUUACCAGAACUGGGUUGGGGUAACGGCUGGGAAGAUGUAGCACCCGCUGCUGUCCGCCAUACGCACCGUCUCAGCCCAUGGAUGUUCCCCGCUGGUCCGGGUGAUCGCAUCCUCGUACCAGCGUAUCGGUCGCAUCGACCAGGAGCCGGACCUCGAGCCACAGAUGAUGGCAUCAAUCCCUUGCUUCAACGAGGCGGCCGCUCCACCGGACGUGACGGCCUUCCGCGCAAUGAGGGCAACAGCGACUGGGUACAUGCUAUCGAGAGCCGCGGUCCUCGUAUCUUCAACCAAACCGACAGCCCCGUCUCCUUCAUCAGCAAUCUGUUGAACGCAAUGAGCUCUGGCCGUGGCGGCCCUACGCUGCUUCAUCAUGGAGGUGCACUGCAUGUGUCAUUGGGUAAUUCCAUGGGCAUGCAGACUUUUGACAGCAGCAUGCGUCGCGAUAUUGCCCGUAUGCGAGAGACAUACAACUCACGCUCUGCUCGUGAAGAUCCUCAUUCCGCUGUAGCAUUUGUCAAGGCGUACACAAGCCAACGUUGGCAAGAGGAAGCUCGCAUUCUCUAUGGGCCUGCUGCCAUUGAGAAGAGCCAGCGUGUCAUCAAUUCCAUCCUCAAAGUCAUGGUUCCGCCUGCAAUUGAAGCGGCUAAGAAGCGCCAAGAGGAGCGCGAGGCUGAAGUUGCUCGUAAGCUGAAGGAAGAGCAAGAAAAGAAGGAGCAGAAGGAGCGCGAGGAACGUGAGAAGCGUGAGGCGCAAGAAAAGGAGGACCGCGAGCGGCGAGAACGCGAAGCUGCAGAGGCUGCAAGCCGUGCUCAAGAUCAGACAUCGGAAGGCGAACCAAAGAACGAAGCAGGAACUGCCUCUGGAGAACAAGCAAUGGAGGGCGUCCAAGCUGCUCAGACCUCCGGUGAAUCAGCGACUGCCGAGUCAGUCCCUGCAGCACCCGCUGGACCACCUGCGCCAAGGGUCAUGACAACCAUCAGAGGUCACGAGUACGAUAUUACCGAUCUCGGAAUUGACACUGAGUACCUCGAGGCUCUCCCAGAGGAGCUGCGAGAAGAGGUCUUGAUGCAACAGGUAGCUGAGCGCAGAGCAGAACAACGAGCUCAAGCUCGUCAGCAACAACAGCAACAGCAGCAGCAGCAACUGCAGUCUCAAAAUCAAGGUCGAGGUUCAGCACCGCAAGAUGCCGGUCAGUCUGGCGAUCUUCCCACAGACAUCAACGAGGAGUUCUUAGCAGCUCUGCCAGAGGAGAUCCGCGAGGAAUUGCUUGCGCAAGAGGCCCAAGAACGUCGACGACGUGAGCGUGAAGAAAAUCGGCGCCGCAACCAAAGCAGUGCUGUCGCUCCUCAGGCGGAAGAGAUGGACACUGCCAGCUUCUUCGCAUCUUUGGACCCUAACUUACGCGCUGCUGUUCUCAUGGAUACCGAUGAGGACACUUUGAGACAACUUCCACCAGAGCUUUCUGCGGAAGCCCGAGCAAUGGGAGGUGAUCGCCGUCUCCAUCAGUUUAACGAAUUUGGUUAUAGGCGUGGCGACCGCCGCGGCCAACCAGAAGAUCCAAGUCAAAAGAAGAAGGCCCGUCCUUGCGUGCAAAUGCUCGACAAAGCCGGCGUCGCAACCCUCCUGCGACUGAUGUUCAUCCCUCAACAAGGUAGUGCCAAGGCCAGCCUUAGCUCGAUUCUUCGCUAUGUCUGCGAGAACCGCCAAAACCGUGCAGAAGUCAUCAGCAUUUUGUUAUCGAUCCUUCAGGAUGGUAGCGCCGAUGUCAACGCGGUCGAACGCAGCUUUGCCCAGCUCUCGAUACGAGCAAAGCAGCCUCAACAACCUGCGGAAAAGACACCGAAGCUCUCUCGCAAGAAUGGCGCUCUAUCUAUCAAUGCCGACGUCUCUCCACUCAUGGUCGUUCAGCAGUGCCUCAACACCCUCACUCAGCUGACUGAGAAGAAUCCUGCUGUCUGGUCUUUCUUCUUGACUGAACACGAGACUGGCGUUGGCUUCAAGAACCGCGCCAAUCGUAAGGGCAAGGCGAAAGAGAGCAAAGCAAAUAAAUACCCUGUCAAUGCGCUGCUUACUCUGUUAGAUCGUAAGCUCAUUGUUGAGAGUUCUUCCAUCAUGGAGCAAUUGACCACGCUACUCAAGGUCAUCACGGCUCCGUUGCAAGCCCUUAAGAAAGAGAAAGAGAAGGCUGCUGAAGAAGCGAAGAAAGCCAGUGAGAGUUCUGCAGAAGGCCAAAACGCUGAGAACCAGCCUACCGAAGCUACAUCUACGGGCGCUGCUCAAGGCCAAGAUACUGAGAUGACAGCUGCACCCGACUCUGGAGCUACUGAGGAAGGCGCUUCCAAACCUGACGGAUCGAAGGCUGAAGAUGACAAGACUAAGAAGCACAGGUCAUUGACACCACCGGAUGUGCCAGAAGCCAACCUUCGGCUCGUAGCUAAGAUCCUCGCGGCUCGAGAAUGCAAUAGUAAGGUAUUCCAGGAGACCUUGUCAGUCAUCAGCAACCUCUCGCCCAUUCCAGGGGCAAAGGAAAUAUUUGGUCAAGAGCUACUUGGUAUCGCAAAAGAUCUGGCUAGCUCAACGCUCAGGGAUCUUGACAGCCUGACAGUUCAGAUUUCAAAGGCAAGCUCUUCUACUGACGUCCAAGGCAUCGCUCUCGCAAAGUUCUCUCCCGCAAGCUCCGACCAGACGAAGCUGCUCAGAGCCUUGACCGCACUUGAUUACCUCUUCGAUCCUUCCCGCGAUAGCAAAGACAAGCCUGAAGCUGCCGCAGAGGCGCUGGAGCCAGCUCAAAAAGAAGAUAUCCUCUUGACGCUAUAUGAGGAUGCUGCAUUUGCGCCUCUCUGGGAGAAGCUCAGCGAGUGCCUUACCGUCAUCCGUCAACGCGGUAACAUGCUCAACAUUGCCACCACUCUCCUCCCCCUCAUCGAAUCUCUCAUGGUUGUAUGCAAAAACACUACGUUGAAGGAGGCUCCACUGUCUAAGAUGCUUGCCAAGGAGUUUGCGCUGUCCAGCCCGCCGCCUGAGAACAAGAUGGAGAAUUUGUUCUUCAACUUCACAGAGGAACAUCGCAAGAUAUUGAAUGAUCUUGUCCGCCAAAAUCCUAAGCUGAUGAGCGGCACUUUCUCCUUGCUUGUGAAGAACUCCAAGGUUCUGGAAUUUGACAAUAAGCGCAACUACUUCAACCGGAAACUCCACUCACGUGGUGGCGAUCGACAAGCACAUCCACCAUUGCAACUCUCCGUUCGCCGAGAUCAAGUCUUCUUGGACUCUUUCAAGUCGCUCUACUUCAAGUCGGCAGAUGAAAUGAAGUACGGAAAGCUCAGCAUUCGCUUCCACGGUGAAGAAGGUGUCGACGCUGGUGGCGUUACUCGCGAGUGGUUCCAGUCAAUCUCUCGCCAGAUGUUCAACCCCGAUUACGCCCUCUUCGUACCUGUCGCAUCUGAUCGUACCACUUUCCACCCGAACCGAUUGAGCUCCAUUAAUCCCGAGCAUUUGAUGUUCUUCAAGUUUAUUGGUCGUAUCAUUGGCAAAGCGCUUUAUGAAGGCCGUGUCCUGGAUUGCCAUUUCAGCCGUGCUGUCUACAAGCAGAUCAUGGGCAAGCAAGUCAGCCUUAAGGAUAUGGAGACGCUCGAUCUUGAGUACUACAAGUCCCUUGAGUGGAUGAUCCAUAACGAAAUUACGGACAUCAUCACGGAAACCUUCUCAGUGGAAGUCGAAGCUUUUGGCGAAAUGCAAACAGUCGACCUUAUCGAGAAUGGCCGCAACAUCCCAGUGACCGAGGACAACAAGCACGAAUAUGUUCGCCUUAUUACUGAACAUCGCCUCCUCGGUGCCGUUCAAGAACAACUAGAUCACUUCUUGAAGGGCUUCCAUGAUAUCGUUCCUGCAGAGCUUGUCUCAAUCUUCAGCGAACAAGAACUCGAACUUCUCAUCUCUGGUCUGCCUGAUAUCAAUGUCGAUGACUGGAAGAACAAUACCGAGUACCACAACUACACUGCUGCAUCACCACAAAUUCAGUGGUUCUGGCGGGCAGUCCGGACAUUUGAGAAAGAAGAGCAAGCCAAGUUGCUUCAAUUCGUCACUGGUACGAGCAAAGUGCCCCUGAAUGGAUUCAAGGAACUUGAGGGCAUGAAUGGCUUCUCCAAGUUCAACAUCCAUCGUGACUAUGGCAGCAAAGAUCGUCUACCAUCUAGUCAUACUUGCUUCAAUCAGCUGGAUUUGCCCGAGUAUGAGACAUAUGAGGAUCUUAGGAAAGCCCUCUACACCGCCAUGACUGCUGGUGGUGAAUACUUUGGUUUCGCCUAG